UCGCCUUUCCCUUCAGUCCCCGACUAUAAAAUACCCUCUUGUCUUCGCCAAAGAGCUUUCCUACAACACUCCACUAUUUCCCCUUUACUCUCCGAUUUCUCGGUCACGCCAGUUUCCCAUGACUCGUAUUCUCAAAUCCGUGGACAACUCCACCUCCGUUGCCGCCGCCGCCACCAUCGCCGCGGCGGCGCCACCUCCUGAGGCCGUGGCUUUGGAAUCAGACUUCGUGGUAAUCCUCGCGUCUCUGCUUUGUGCUCUCAUAUGCACCGUCGCCCUCAUAGCCGUCUGCCGCUGCACCUGGUUCAGACGCGGCGGAUCCGGACCCGGCGGCGGAACUCCUGGACAGUCCCUUGCGAAUAAAGGUCUGAAGAAGAAGGUGCUCCGAUCCAUGCCGAAAUUCACUUACAUUGACAGUAAUUCCGAGAAGUGGCUGGCCACUUCGGAGUGCGCGAUUUGCUUGGCCGAGUUCGUCGGAGCCGACGAGAUCCGAGUUCUUCCGCAGUGUGGCCACGGUUUCCAUGCGGCGUGCAUAGACACGUGGCUUGGGUCCCACUCUUCGUGCCCUUCGUGUCGGCAGAUUCUUGCUCUACCUCCGAGGUGUCGGAGGUGUGGCCUUUACCCGGCUGUUCGCGGCGGAGAAGCCAACACGAUUGGUGGCGGUGAACCGGAGCACAAGUCCCGGCAUGACGAUAAUGCCACUACUGCUAUUAAUGACGAUUAUGUUAAUAGCUCUACGAGCGAGCAUCAAGGGCCAAGAGACAAUAAUGGAUUCCUUCCAUAAAUAAAUAAAAAAACUGGUAUUGUUUUCCUUAAUGUAGUAGUAGAAUUCUUCUUUCUCAGUCCUUUUUUUGGUUUUUUAAUGUUCAUGUUUCAAAUUUUUAAUCUUCCAAAUCAUCUACUGUUUCAUGCGGUUUAAAUGAUUGGAGUGUGGUCCAUGUAAAUCAAAUAAGGACAAAAGAAAAUUACAGAUUUUCUAUUCACGGACGAUGUAUAUUCUUAAAA